AAAGCUCAGUUAGGCACCGGGACGUCAGAGCUGAUAACGAUAGGUUACGUAUGGCUAUGUAUCACUUGCCUAGAACUGAUUUCAGUAAGAUGCUUGAAUCAGAAGAAUGAAAAUCUUACAUUCACUAGGUCAGUAGUAAAAAUGUGCAAUGCGGAACGUGUUUCUAUUAAACUAGCAGCUGGUAAAGUUCUUGGCUGCAAGGCAUAUCUCCCGAAUGGAAGCAGUUAUAAUUAUUUCAAAGGAAUUCCUUACGCAAAACCGCCAGUGGGUAACUUGCGUUUCAAACCCCCGGAACCAUUGAGACAGUUUGACAGUGAGGUGCUAGAUUGCAGUUAUGAACGAAAUGCGUGCUUCAGUUGUACACAAUUUCCGCCGUUGGUAGCAGUUGGGGAGGACUGUUUGUAUGCCAACGUCUUUACUCCGGGAUGUGGAGGUUCAUUGCCAGUGAUGGUUUGUAUUCAUGGAGGCGGUUUCGCUUCCGGAACCGGUGAUGCGUCAAUCUAUGGUCCACGGUACCUGUUGCAACACGGUGUCGUAGUGGUGACCUUCAACUAUAGAAUAGGUGCAUUUGGUUUUCUAUGUCUACCGGAGAAGGGAAUACACGGGAAUAUGGGUUUGAAAGACCAGCGGUUAUUGCUGAAGUGGGUUCACGAAAAUAUAGCGAAGUUUGGUGGAGAUCCUUCAAAUGUAACACUAUUUGGUAUCAGUGCCGGUGGUGCGUCAGUACAUUUGCACUAUCUGACGGAAUCUUCAAGGCAAUAUUUUCACCAAGCUAUUUGUCAAUCUGGUGUCGCUUUCAAUGUGUGGGUGGAACAACACGAUGCUGAAUCCAAAGCAAUCCAGCUGGCGAAAUGUUUAGGAUGUUCUGACGAAGGAGUUGAUCGAGUUUAUGAAACGCUUAUGAAUGCAUCUGCCUUCGAUAUCAAUGCGAGCAGCGAAGAUUGUGUGUCUUCCCAAGAUAUGCGAGUUUUUCGAAUAUUCGGUUUUACUCCCGUAGUGGAGUCAACAAGUUCUGUCGAGCCUUUUUUGACAGAAAGCUAUAUUGACUUGCUGUGUAAACCGGAUAUGACCAACAUUCCGAUCAUGAUGGGUGUGACGAGCAACGAAGGCAUUUCGUUUCUGCUGUUCCAACUGAUUGUUCCGUGCAUAGAUGAUCCAAAAUGGUUUGUUCCACCACAGCUACAAAUCCAAGAACACCAGAUGACCGCAGCUGGAGAGGAAGUUAGGCGCUUUUAUAUGGGGGAUUCAGAUGCAUCACAGGAAAGCACACAAUCUCUAGCUGACUUCAUAUCCGACAGUACAUUUGUAAUUCCAGCGAUCGUCGCCAGCGAACUACAUGCCCGAUAUCAGCACAAAGCACCACAAUUCUUCUAUCGCUUUUCUUUUGAAGGACGUCUGAAUGUCCUGAAGCUUAUUCUGCCGAAUGUUCCUGAUUUCAGUGGAGCUUGUCACGGAGCUGAGCUACCUUUCUUGCAUGAUUCAACCUACUUUGAAGUACCAAAUUUUCUCGAGAACAGCCCCGAGUUUAAGAUUCGUGAGGCAAUAUGUCAGCUGUGGACGUCGUUCGCCCGGACUGGAAUACCUACAUCGGAACGGAACGAGCUAGGAAUUGCAUGGGAUUCAGUUGAAACAAUAGAUUGCCGGAAAGAAAAUUUUCUGUUGGAUGCAUUAGAUUUGGGGAAUGAAAUAAGAAUGAUCAGUAAACCCUUUGCCGAUAGGAUAGCGUUUUGGAAAAAGCUGUUCAAAAAAUACAAUUGCGACUAUUUGAAUCAUCGGGCAUUAUGGUAAUUAGGGCAGGCGGUUGAAUUGUAGGAUAAUAAUAGUAAUAUUUAUCUAUUUGUAAUUCAUCAAUUUGAAAUAUGUAAUUCGUAAUGCUCGUGAAAUGUUCGGAAUAAAGCUUUCGUAAAAUCAGUGUAUAAAAAGUAAAUGAAAGAAACCCAA